GGCCCGCUAUGCUGUUCAUCGACUAAUCAAGUGGGGAGAACGUAACCUAAAAUCUAAAUUUAAAAUCAAACACAAUUUAAUGAUGUUUCCUACACGUUUAUGUUCUGGAAUAGAAAGAUUAUGUGGAACGUAUAUUAACAAAUUGUGCAUUAGUACAACAGCUGUUCAUUGUCGUGAAGUAGAAGAUCGUAGACUAAUGUUACGAUCAAUGCCAGCCCUCGAUGAAGGCACUGUUGGCGAAAAGGCAAUAGAUAUUGAUACACAAUUGGCACAAAAAGGAGAUAUAUUCCCCGAUAUUAACACACCUACUAGGUUAUUUUACGGAAUACCAUUUAAAGAUAUUCCAAUAUGUAAUAUUAAAGUGUCCAAGAACAACACAAUUUUAUGUUUGACCGAUGCGAAAGGUGUCCCUAAACUUACCAGGUCUUGCGGUGUCGAAGGUUUUAAACAUACUAAAAAGGGUACAAACAUUGCAGCCCAAGCAACUGCUAUUAGUAUUGGAUUGCAAGCAAAGGAACAAGGUUAUCGGACUGUUCGGGUGCGAGUUGGUGGUUUAGGUCCUGGGAGAAUGUCCGCAAUAAAAGGGUUACAGAUGUCCGGUUUGAAUAUUGCUUCUAUAACAGAUGGGACCAAAGUGUCUUGGAAUCCGCCUAGACCUAGAAAAGCAAAAAAAUUGUAGUUUAUUUUUUUUACAAUAGCAUUAUUAAAUUCUUGUUAAAAUAAUUUUCAAAUAUUGUAUUAGAUGAAUUGGACAUGGCACCGGGUAA